GCCAAGACUCAACAAGCAAAAGUAGACCUGUUUUUGCCAUGGUCUGGGGUUCGAGGCCUUGAACCCUUGAACCCCUAGACCUCACUAGGGUUGGAAAGUGAGGUAGGAGAACUUUCCAGCUGGUACUUUGAUUUAUUUUUUUUGAAAAUAAUUUUUUUCACCCUAGUUCGGUUGGGUGCUCCGUCUCACGGGGCCCCAAGUUUAUUUUAAGAAGCCGCCACCGUGUUAUGGGCGUGCGCAACUGCCUCGACGGCAAUAAUAUGUCAGGACAACGCAAUAACCCCCUUGAACUCGGGGAACAGCCCGAGCAACCACCUUUGGAGGCCCCAGGGGCAGCUGCCCCCGGUGCUGGGCCUGGCCCAGCCGAAGAGAUGGAGACCCCACCGCCUCACAGCGAGCCCAUCCCCAUCGAGACUGAAGGCGAAGCCUGUGGACCCCCAGAGAUCUCCAGACCCAACUUCCAGGACCUCAGCCAGGCCAUCAAGGAAGCCGGGGCCCAUGGAGGGUACAGCCCACCUCCCGAGGAAGCCAUGCCCUUCGAGGUCGAGCAGGCCAGCUUGGGAAGCUUCUGGCCUACCCUGGAGCAUCCUGGAGACACCACUGGGACCAGUGCAGGCCUUGAGGCCUUCAGCCCACCGGUCAUGGAGCCCGGAGCCUCCCAUGAGGCCAUUCCAAGCCUGGGAAGCUACAGCCCUCCACCAGAAGAAGCUAUGCCUUUUGAGUUUGAGCAGCCUGACCAGGGAGACAACCAACCUCCCUUGCAGGUCUCAGACCUUGCUCCAGGAGGCCCAGGUUCGGUGGUCUUCAGGGCUCCUCCCGAGGAGCCCAGAGCCAUCAGACCUGCAAACGCAGGCAUCAGAGGAGGAUGCAGCCCUCCCCACGAGGAGGAUCUGCCAUUCGAGUUUGAUGGAGCAGCCUUGGGGGACGACAGCCCACCCCCUGGGCUCCCCCGAGCUAUCCCACAGAUCGACGGCGGUGGGGGCAGCCAGAUCACGACAGUCGCGGUCUCGAGUGCGAUCCUCCUCGCUCCCGCCGCGAACGAGCCCCCCCUCUGGGUCCCCGGCAUCAUCGGCAGCCCAUCUCGAGAGGCUGUCAGACCUCCUCCACACUUCGCGGGAGACAGCCCCCCGAUGGAGGUCUCCAGACCCCCGCGCGAGGUUGGCAGCGCCCCCGUUGGGGUCGAUGACGCUCCCGGCGACAUGGACAGCCCCCCAGUCGCGCUUGACGAUCUGCGCAUCGAGGUCUCCAGAGCGCCCGUUGAGAGAGAGCAAGCAGAGGGAGAGAGACCCCCAGCUGAGGGAGAAGCAGCCGAGAUGGAGGGAGGCUCAGCCACCACUGCCGCGGAGGGAGGCAAGGUCCCCGAUCCCGGGGACGGAGCCCCUGCCGCCGCCACCGAGGCAGCACUGGCCGCUCCAGCCGCCGAGGCAGCCUCGGCUGCUCCAGACCCCCCAGCCGCUGGAGCAGCCCCUGCCGCUCCUGCCGCCCCAGCCGCUCCUGCCGCCCCAGCCGCUUCUGUCGCUGGGGCAGCCCCGGCCGCUCUUGUCACCAGGGGAGCCCCUGUUGGCCGAGCGGCUCCUGUCCCCCGGGCAGCCACUGUCCCCCGGGCAGCCACUGUCCCCCGGGCAGCCUCCGUUCCCCGGGCCACUCCUAUCACCUGGGCAAACCCCGCCUCGGGAGCCCGACCCGAGAUCAGUUUCCUUAGACCCCCAAGCCCAGAGAUCCAGGCUGCCGAUCCGCCUGUUCCGCAGCCUCCGCGCGCAUCUGCCUGGCGGGGCAGGUCAGAGCCCAGCUGCUGUUACCUCUACAACGACCAGAUAUCGGUCAGCAGCGACAGCGGAGACGAAUCCGACGAUGGGACCUUCGGAUGCCGCCGCUGGUUUUCGUCCAAGCGAAACCGCCGCCGCCGAAAGCCCCGGCGCAACUUGCUCCACAACUUCCUCGUCCGGGUCUUCGGAGGCUGCGUCUUUGGAUCCGAGAGCCCCCAGUUCAGAGGCUCCUUCAGCCCCAAGGUCAAGAAGGUUGCCUUGGCGGAGAAGCGCAGACAAGACCGCAAGGAAAACGCGGGGAAGCAUGGCCAGAAGUGGUCCGAGAAGAGACACAGCCAGCUCACCAACAAGCAACUCCAGAACAAGAAGAUGGACAACUCGCAUACGCACCGCAUGCUGUUUCUAGCUGGACAAACCAGCGCCAGCGAUCGUAAGACCACGUCGCCGAGUCGUGGGGUGGGGGACGGCAAGAAAGGCGGGGGCUUCAGGUGAGCCAGGAACUGCGGGGCGGGGGGGUGGGGUGGGAGGGCGCUCGGGGGUCGCUCAUGCUAGCUGGCUGGGGCCGUUGGUGGGUUGGGGGUUGAUGGAGAACGUGCGUCCCUGCCUCGCCCGGCACGGCUUUCCCUUGUCGGACAGCUUGUUGUGGGUGUGCAUCGGUGUCCACAUUGUGUCCGCCUGUGCAUGGUAUCCUCAAGUGUUCUCCAACCCCCAUCCCUGACACCCCCCAUAUUACCCGCCGACUGUGUAGUGGGGAAUGGGCUGUCUUGUGUUUUGAGCCAUUGCGCGGGCAAAAACUUUCCGUGUACACACACUCCGGCGGUACCUGUGUGCUGGCGCUGGCGCUCUGCAGCGGGCGGCGCGAAACUGGCGGCGCGAAAAGCCUGAGAAAGUAGCGGGAGAUGCCCGGGGGGAUAUGGGGCCGCUAGCUGAGCUGGGGGCGGGGGCCGCCUCCGGGCGGCCUCCAUAACCUAUUUUCUGUCUGUCUUUCUCUCUUUUUUCCCCUUUGCGCUAAGCGUUUCCUCACUUCUUAUUCGUUCGCCAAACCCUCCCGCCUUUACGGUUGAAAAACCAGACACGCAGGUAUCUGGGGCGUCCGGGACUGUGCGCAAAAAUUUGGUAUUCUGCACACAUUCGGCUUACCUGGUGGGGGAUGAAGGGAGGAGGGGCAAAAAAGUCGUACUUAACCUUCUGCAGGCGAGUUCGGAUCCCGAACCACACCGGGGCUGGUUCCAGGGGCUGGGCGUGGCUAUGUUUAAAAACUAUGAAAUCAUUUUUUUUUUUAAUCUAGGGAAGAGCCUGAGGUAAGCCAAUCCUUUACCCUUUUUCCGGAUACAGUAGGAGGGGCUUGGUUCUAAGAGAGGGGUUAUGCGUUGGGAGUGGAAUGCCCAUCUUGUGUUUGAAAUGCAAUUCAAAUAAAACUUU